CUUCCAAGCCGCGCGCAGUCGCUGUCCCGAGCGCCAGACAAGAAACAGGGGAGAUGAAAAAGAGGCCGCUUGACCUGAAAUGCCGCGGCGGAGGGUCCUGCCUCCCCAGGAUACUUCGCCCCGCGUUCCCCCAACCCCCACGCUCCACCUCUGUUCCACCGCUCCAGGAUCCGGGAGAAUAAAAGUAGCUCCCUCACGGUCCUACCCUACCUGCGUUGCUUGCCAUGAAUAGCCGCAGCGUCGUUCUAGCCUCCGAGCCCGAGCUAAGGUUCGGAUGUAGUUGAAUUCUGGCAUCUUUUGGAUGCUCGUCUUGUCAGGAACAGGAGGAUCAAUCAUCUCGAAAAAGAAAAAAAGAAUAAAGAAAGAAGAGCAGGAGGGCCAAGAGAGGAAAGGAAGAGUAAAUGGAACCCGGAUUUCUGUGGAAAGAGAACGGCGACCGAACUGGUGCGGCAAGAAUGUCCGGUGGGCUGAAUAACAAGAGCCUCGAGUGGGAUUUGAACGACUGGAGAUGGGACGCCAACCUAUUCCUGGCCACGCCGGCGAGCGCCGCGCCGUCGGAGUGCAGCAGCAGGGAACUGAGCGGACCUCAGGGUGAGAUUGAUUUCGGCGUCGUCGUCGACAAGAGGAGGCGAGUCUCACCGGAGGACGGUAGUGCGGGGUGCAGCAAUUCUGCAGUAGCAAAUGGUGAGAACCACGGUGUGGUUGUUCAGAGAGGGUGGAGCAGUGAAGAGGAGAGGCCCAGGAAAGGUGCCAGUUCUAGCUCUCCUCCGUCUUGCCAGGUUGACGGUUGCCAGGUGGAUCUGAGCGGUGCCAGGGACUACCAUAAGAGGCACAAGGUGUGUGAAGCGCAUACCAGGUCGACCGUGGUCCGUAUCAAGAGCGUGGAGCAUCGGUUCUGUCAGCAGUGCAGCAGGUUUCACCUUCUUCAAGAAUUUGAUGAAGGGAAGAAGAGCUGUCGCUCACGUCUAGCCAAACAUAAUGUAAGGAGGAGGAAAGUUCAACCACAGGCUGGAGUGGACGAUAAUUCCAUGAAUGAAAAUCAGUCUUUAAGCAGCACCUUAUUCCUUUUGUUAAAACAACUUUCUGGUCUAGAGUCUGGUAGCUCUUCUAAGCAAAUCAACCAUCCUAAUUAUUUGGUUAACCUUUUGAAGAACCUUACUGCUAUUGCCGGCACACAGGAAUAUCAAGAUAUGCUAAAGAACACAAAUCGAACUUCAAUAUUAUCAAAUGCUGUUAAUAAUGUCACAAAUGGCUUUACUGUGUGUGAGCAAAUUAAACGGCCAAUUCCUGUUGGCACUGAAUCGUCAGCAGAAGUGCCUCCAGUGAAAAGACGAGUACAGGAUUUCGAUUUGAAUGAUGCUUACAUUGAAGAAGUUGAGAGCCGGACAGAUAAAAUUGUCUUCAAGCUCUUUGGAAAAGAGCCAAAGGAUUUUCCUGUAGAUCUACGGGCACAGAUCCUAAACUGGUUGUCACAAUAUCCAAGUGAUAUGGAAAGCUAUAUUAGGCCUGGUUGUGUUAUUCUAACUGUUUACCUUCGUCUCCCUAAUUGGAUGUGGGAUGAGCUUGAUGACGAUCCAACUCCUUGGAUAGAAAAGCUUAUUAGCAUGUCCAAUGAUGGCUUCUGGAGAACAGGAUGGGUGUAUGCUAGGGUGCAGGACUGCUUGACAUUGAGUUGCAAUGGUAGUCUUAUGUUAGCAUCCCCCUGGCAACUGGCAAUUGGUGACAAGCAUCAAAGAAUAUUUGUAACCCCUAUUGCAGUUGCUUGUUCUUCGACAGUGAAUUUCUCUGUGAAAGGUUUCAAUAUAGUUCAGCCAACGACAAAAUUACUUUGUAUAUUUGGUGAGAAAUAUUUAAUACAAGAAGAAACACAAAUGCUACUUGAAGAUACAACAAUGCAGCAAGGCCCUCAAUGCCUGAAGUUCUCUUGUUCUUUUCCAAGUACAAGUGGAAGAGGAUUCAUAGAGGUUGAAGAUUAUGAUCAAAGCAGCCUCUCUGUUCCCUUUGUUGUCACCGAAGAAGAUGCAUGUUCUGAGAUUCGAAUGUUGGAGCAUGAGUUGAAUUUAAGUUCAGUUGAUGAAACCCUGGAAGGAAUAGAUAAUCUGAUGGUUUCUCACAAUCGGGCCCUACAUUUUUUACAAGAAUUUGGAUGGCUUCUUCAAAGGAUCCACAUUCGAGCUAUGUCUGAACAGGGACAAUAUUGCACAGAGGGUUUUCCUGUUGCAAGAUUUAGAUGGCUGCUAUCCUUUGCGAUUGAUCAGGAGUGGUGUGCUGUUCUAAAGAAGCUUCUGAACACCAUGUUCCAGGGAAAUAUUGAUAUAGAUGCCCCCUCACCAGUUGAAUUUGCCAUAGGAGAAGAUUUACUAUUUACCGCUGUCAACAAACGCUCAAAGCCUCUGAUUGAGUUCCUAUUAAGAUACACAAUAACAAAUCCUGCUACAAUGGACAGUGGAGCCAUGGCUCCAGUUCAGUUCUUGUUUACUCCUGAGAUGACUGGUCUGUCAAAUAUUACACCUCUUCAUAUUGCUGCCACAAUCAGUGAUGCUGCUGAUGUUUUAGAUGCUUUAACUGAUGAUCCUCAGCAGCUGGGAAUCAAAGCAUGGAAGAAUGCUCGUGAUGAUACUGGCUUCACUCCUGAGGAUUAUGCUCGAAAGAGAGGCCACAUAUCCUACAUUCAAAUGGUUCAGGACAAAAUUGACAGCAGGAUACCCAAAGCUAAUGUCUCUGUUGCUAUCCCCAGCGGACCAUCGACCACUGAUACCAUCGGAAAGCAUGCUAGUCGAUUGAAGUCUCCUGAUCAAACCACAUUUGAUGUGGAAAAGAGCCAACGAAGCAUCAAGCAACCAUUGAGCUGCAGAGAGUGUGUUCAGCAGCUCGUAUACCGCCCCCGGACAAACAGGUUUUUGUCAAAUAGGCCUGCGAUGCUUUCCUUGGUUGCCAUUGCUGCUGUCUGUGUCUGUGUGGGGUUGAUCAUGAAGAGCCCACCACAAGUUGGUUUCAUGAGGCCUUUCAUCUGGGAGCACAUCAAUUGGGGCCCCAAGUGAUAAACUGCACAAGCAAUUACAAAGCCAAUUCAAUGGUGUCGGUGUGUAUAUUUGAUUAUGAGAAAGCUUGUGCCGGGAGGGAAGCUAGUUUCUUGUAAUGUUCAUAUUUAUUAGACUAAAUUGCAAUAUCUGUCGUACAAUAUGUGGAAUCCGUAGCAUGCCUAGUUUGGAAUUCCAUUGCAUAUGCAUCCUAACCGAAACCUAACUUUUACUUGUUUUGAUUGAGAGGAAAAGGUCAAUUGAGGUUGAGGUUAUGUCCAA